AUGAAUACUACAUCAGAUAGUGUUAACAGUGCUCUAUUAGCUGCGCCUUAUCAAUUGAACAUAUAUUUUGGUUUAUUUAUUUGGUUGAUAGGUAAUAUUGGUUGUAUUGGAAAUAUAAUAGUAUUUAGUUCUCGAACACUCUGUAAACGAGCUUAUUCAGUGUAUUUAUUAUGGGAAGCACUGUCUGAUUUAAUAUACUUUAAUUUUCUAUUGAUGACACGAGUACUUCAAAAAGGAUUUCAAAUUCCAAUAACUACACGUUAUGAUAUCAUCUGCAAACUUCGACAAUUUGACUCCGUCUGGAAUCAUGAUGUUUCAUUGAGUUUAUUUUCAUUUGCAACAAUUGAUCGAAUUUUAUCUGCACAACGUUUAAAUACAAUGGGUACACCAUUAGUGAUGUUUGUGCUUGCUUUUUUAUUGAUACGAAGUGUCCGAAGCGUUAUUCGACGACGAAUUGCUCCUAGUAAUAAUAAACCAUCAGCUAUCAUUGUACAACGAUCAAUUCUUCAACAGAUCGAUUCUCGACUUACAUUGAUGCUUAUAUUACAAUUAAUUAUUGCUAUAGUGACACGUAUACCAUAUGCAGCUCAGCUUAUUUAUACAAAUAUCACUAAAAAUUGGUCAAAGUCAAU